AUGGAAGGCCUCACGUGCUUGCUCAUCUGUUUCUUUCUGUCUGAAGCACAAGCCUUUGAAAUCCCCACCAAUGGACUUUCUGAAUUUGCAGAAUAUGGAGAUCUUGUGGAACUGUCCCCAGGCAAAUUUCAAUUUGUUCCAGAGAACCAGAGGUAUCAGAGAAGCCUUCCUGGAGAAUCAGAAGAAACAAUGGAAGAGGUGGACCAAGUCACCCUUGAAAGCUAUAAAGUCCAGUCCACUAUUACUUCUCGCAUGGCCAACACCAUCAUCCAGAGCAAAGUGGUGAACAACUCCCCAGAGCCUGAGAAUGUGCUCUUUGACGUUCAGAUUCCCAAAGGAGCCUUCAUUUCCAACUUCUCCAUGACUGUAGAUGGCACUACAUUUACUAGUUCCAUCAAGGAGAAAACUGUGGCCCGAGCUCUCUAUGCACAGGCAAGAGCCAAAGACAAGCUGGCUGGAUUGGUGAGGAGCAGUGCUCUUGAUAUGGAGAACUUCCAAACCGAAGUGAACAUCCUCCCUGGGGCAAAGGUGCAGUUCGAGCUUCAUUACCAGGAGGCGAAGUGGAGGAAGCUGGGAUCCUACGAACACAGACUUCACCUGCAGCCCGGACGGCUGGCCAGACACCUGGAGGUAGACGUGUGGAUUAUUGAACCUCAGGGAAUAAGAUUUGUUCAUGUUCCCGACACAUUUGAAGGUCAUUUCGAUGGUGUUCCAGUCAUAUCUAAAGGACACCAGAAGGCGCAUAUCUCCUUCAGGCCCACAGUAGCACAGCAAAGAAAAUGCUCCAAGUGCUCUGAGACUGCGGUGGAUGGAGAGCUGGUGGUGAUGUAUGAUGUGCACAGAGAAAAGAAGGCUGGUGAACUCGAGGUAUUCAAUGGAUAUUUUGUACACUUCUUUGCUCCUGAAAACCUGCACCCAAUUCCCAAAAACAUCCUCUUUGUUAUUGAUGUUAGUGGCUCGAUGUGGGGAGUUAAAAUGAAACAAACUGUGGAAGCAAUGAAGACCAUAUUGGAUGACCUCAGAGAGGAAGACCAGUUCUCCGUGGUUGAUUUCAACCAGAACGUUCGGACCUGGAAAAAUGAUUUAGUUUCAGCUACUAAAACACAGACUGCUGAUGCAAAGAAGUAUAUUGAGAAAAUCCACCCCAGUGGAGGCACAAAUAUCAACGAAGCACUUCUGCGGGCAAUCUUUAUUUUGAAUGAAGCCAACAACUUGGGAUUGUUGGACCCCAACUCAGUCUCUCUGAUCAUCUUGGUGUCUGAUGGAGAUCCAACAGUAGGCGAGCUAAAAUUGUCAAAUAUUCAAAAAAAUGUGAAGCAGAACAUACAAGACAAUGUGUCCUUGUUCAGUUUGGGGAUGGGAUUUGACGUUGACUAUGAUUUUUUGAAAAGACUAUCCAAUGAAAACCGUGGAAUUGCUCAAAGGAUUUAUUCUCUGCUUCACUCACAGGGGGCUAACACCGAGUUGGUCUUGGAAACGCUGGCCCAGAUGGAUGACUUGGAGGAUUUUCUAUCAAAAGACAAGCAUGCAGAUCCUGAUUUCACCAGGAAAUUGUGGGCCUAUCUAACAAUCAACCAGCUGCUAGCUGAGCGAAGCCUAGCUCCUACCGCUGCUGCCAAAAAGAAAAUCACAAGAUCAAUCCUGCAGAUGUCUCUAGAUCAUCACAUCGUGACCCCACUCACUGCGAUGGUGAUUGAGAACAAUGCGGGGGAUGAGCGCAUGCUGGCCGACUCCCCACCACCUGACCAAUCCUGCUGUUCAGGUGCCCUAUAUUAUGGCAGCAAAGUUGCUCCAGGUUCCAUCCCAUCCUGGGCCAACCCUUCACCAGCGCCACUGGUGCCAAUGCGUGCAGAAGGAGCCCAGGUGCUGGAGUCCACGCCCCCUCCACAUGUGAUGAGAGUUGAAAAUGACCCACAUUUUAUCAUUUAUCUACCAAAAAGCCAAAAGAAUAUUUGUUUCAAUAUUGACUCAGAACCUGGAAAAAUCCUCAACCUGGUUUCUGACCCAGAAUCAGGGAUUUUAGUCAAUGGUCAGCUCAUUGGAGCCAAGAAGCCCAAGAAUGGGAAACUAAGCACCUAUUUUGGAAAAUUGGGAUUUUAUUUCCAAAACGAAGAUAUGAAGAUAGAAAUCAGCACUGAGACCAUCACCCUGAGCCGUGGUUCUCGCACGUCUGUCUUGUCCUGGUCUGACACAGCCUACCUGGUUAAUCAGAGGGUGCUUGUCUCUGUGAAGAAAGAAAAAACUGUGACUAUCACCCUGGAUAAAGAGAUGUCCUUUUCUGUUCUACUUCAUCGUGUUUGGAAGAAGCAUCCGAUCAAUGUGGACUUUCUGGGGAUCUACAUUCCCCCCACAAACAAGUUUUCACCUAAUGCUCAUGGACUAAUAGGCCAGUUCAUGCAUGAGCCAGAAAUACAUAUCUUCAAUGAGAGACCGGGAAAGGACCCCAAGAAGCCAGAGGCGAGCAUGGAAGUGAAAGGACACAAGUUGACCGUUACCAGAGGCUUACAGAAAGACUACAGAACGGAUAUCGUGUUCGGAGCAGAUGUUCCCUGCUGGUUUGUGCACAACAGCGGAAAAGGUUUCAUUGAUGGCCACUACAAGGAUUACUUGGUGCCUCAGCUCUACAGCAUUCUCAAAAGGCCUUAAAGGUUUUGAGUUUUGGGAAUUAUAUGUAUAAAAAUACAUCUUCCCUGCUACUUUUGUAGUCUUUCUUCAGUGUGAAUCAUUAAAAAGGAACCAGAUAUCAUGGUGAUCUAUAAAGCCCGUUAACACAUCUGAAGAAAAUAAAUAUUUUGCAGAGAA